CUCAGACUGUCAGGUUGUCUGCUCUCAGAGGAAGGCUGUGCUUCUCUGGCCUCAGCUCUGAGGUCCAACCCCUCCCAUCUGAUAGAACUGGACCUCAGCUACAACCAUCCAGGAGACACAGGAGUAAAGCUCCUGUGUGCUCUACAGGAGGACCCCCACUGCACACUGGACACUCUCAGACUGAGCAGCUGUAACCUGUCAGAGAGAAGCUGUGAAGCUCUGUCCUCAGUCCUCAGCUCCCAGUCCUCUAGUCUGAGAGUCCUGGACCUCAGUCUCAACGACUUGAAGGACUCAGGGCUGAAGAUGUUGUGUGUUGGACUGAAGAGUCGUCACUGUAAACUGGAACAGCUCAGACUGUCAGGUUGUCUGGUCUCAGAGGAAGGCUGUGCUUCUCUGGCCUCAGCUCUGAGGUCCAACCCCUCCCAUCUGAUAGAACUGGACCUCAGCUACAACCAUCCAGGAGACACAGGAGUAAAGCUCCUGUGUGCUCUACAGGAGGACCCCCACUGCACACUGGACACUCUCAGACUGGAGCCUGCAGGUUUUCAUUGGUUAACAGUUUGCCCAUGGAAGAGUGACAUUUAA